AGGUGCGGCGACAACAUGCAUACCACAUACAAAACACACAGUGAUAUACACUCGGCAUAUAUUAUAAUUUCACAUUCUUGUGUGGUGCAUAUUUGCUGUUGUGUGGUUGUUGUUGUUGUUGUCGUCGUCGUCAUCUUUAUCGAUUCAAGAAGCAGCUUUGAUUUUGGGACCGCACACUGUUGCGCUUUCUUCUGCUAUUUGUUUCGUUUUCUUGGGACUCUUGUCCUCUUCUCAACAAACAAGUCUGAGCUUGUUUGCAUCAAAUCUCGUACCAUAUGUCUUCGAGUUAAGCGUCGUAAUACGGAUAAAUUGGAACUAGAUUCUUCACCAAUCGAUGCAUUCAUCAUUGGUAAUCGUGCCCGUGAACAUUUCGACAAAAUUGUCAAUAAUAUUAAUAAUAAUCAAGACAUUGAUGAUGAUGAUAAAAUUGAUUGCUCAAAUAAUAAUAUUGACGAUAAACCAAUUAAAUCAUCAUCAUCAACACCGAAUAAAAAUCGUAAAACACCUACCAAAGUGAUCCAACCGCGUGACAUUGCCGAGCUAUCUAAAUUGUUAAACGAAGACAAUCGGUCACAACAACAGCAACAAGUUGAAAUCAAAAAUCCAUUACAGCAUCGAAUACCUUCAUCAGUUAUUCAUCAAUCAUCGAAACAACAUAAAUCUGUAUCGCAAACAUCAUCUAAUCAAUCAUCUUCGAAUCGUGAUUCUACACGAAAUUCCACAUCGAACAAUUCUUCCGAUUUUAUAGUUAUUACAACAUCAUCAUCGUCGAUUUUACCAAAUACACAACGACAACAAAAAGUCAUUCCUGCAUCGACUGCUGUGAAUUCAUCAUCAUUUAAAUACGCCAAGCUUACAUCCGAAAGUGGUUAUUCCAUUUCAUCAGUUCGUUUGGACAACGAAAAUUUCGAUGAUAAAACGAUAGUUGAUGAACAAGAACAAAAACAUCAACCCGAUUCAAACAAAAUGGAGUUAGUCGAAUUAAAUUCCCAACAAUCGCAUCACCAUCAUCAUCAUCAUAAUCAUCAUCACACUCAUCCUCAUCAUCAGCAACAACCACAACAUCAACAUCAAUCAUUUCAGAUGCAUCGAGAAUUACCAGUCGAUGUUCCAGAUUCAUUUGUAGGUGUGGUAAAGCAAACACCCCGUUAUCCACCACCACCUUCACAUGCACCACCACAGCCACCACAAAGAUUUACAUCAGCAUCAUCAUCAUCCGUGCCAUCAAAUAUACAAUCUGUGACGACAAAUACAGAUCAACGUUUAAAUCUAACGGAUAAGUAUCGAAAAUAUUCCGAUGAAAUUAACAGAAAAAAAGAAGAGGAAGAAUUUCUUCGUUCAAGCUUACGAUCAAGUAAAAAAUUACAACAACUAAAAGAACAAAACAAUAAUGAUCAUCAUAUUGUUGAACCAAUGGUGAAUAUCGCAUUCGAACCGGAUGAUGAUCAACAACAGCAACUUAUGGUAUCAUAUACGAACAAUGGCUAUGGUUCAUUUGCUGCAACACAACAGCCACCAUCAUCUAAUAUUCGAAUCGAACGGGAAUCUGAUAAAGUGCUUCCAUUACCGUAUCUGGAAAUGAUUGUUGAAAACAUACGGCAAUCAUUGAACGCUGAUCUUAAAGAACUAAUACAGGAAAGUAAACUAAAAAAUCUUGUUUCCAUAUAUUCGGCAUUGAUGAAACAUCAACAUUCAAAAAUGAAUUCAUACCUGGAUUCACAACAAUCUCUUCGACCACCAAGCUAUAAUUCAAUCACAAGGCCAAUAAAUCUUUCCUCUCCACCGUCAUUGCAUCAUUCCCAUUAUGCACAUCAUCAUCAACCCGAUAUAUUGAAUCUUCAUUCAUCACCACAGCCUAUUCAUGGCUAUAGUCACCAUCCUUCGAAUGUUUUGCCAUUUUGCGGAAACAAUGGUAGCAAUGAUGCCAUAGCCAGUGAUUCAUUGCAGGAAACAAUCAAUACAUUGCAACAAAAUCUAAUACACCCGGAUGCUGCCGAAUUACUUGAAAUUUUGACCAGAUUUGAAUUAGAAACUCUUUGCUAUGCAUAUGAUCGUGUAUUAGCUGAAAGCCAAAAAAACAUGCUGGCACUAAUACCAGAUGAAAUUCAUGAGGAUAAAGUAAACGAAAUCGAAAUGCUGGACACUUUGCACACUGGAGUGAAAGUUGUACAAAUUGAGAAAACAUCAUGUGAGCCACUUGGUGCUACCGUUCGUAAUGAACCUGAUGGUUCGGUUAUCAUUGGUCGAAUUAUCAAAGGUGGUGCUGCACAUAAAUCUGGCAUGCUGCAUGAAGGUGAUGAAAUACUCGAAGUGAAUGGUAUCGAAAUGAAAGGACGUAAUGUGAAUCAAGUUUGCGAUCUGCUUUCCGAAAUGACUGGUACAUUAACAUUUGUGAUAGCCAUACGUGAUAGUUUGAUGCAUGUAAAUCCGCAUUUAAUGGGUGCGACUAAUGCUGUCGUUGCUGCUAAUCAGAAUCAAGUUUUACAUUUACGUGCUUUGUUCGAUUAUGAUCCGGAUGAAGACUUGUAUAUACCAUGUCGAGAAUUGGGCAUUUGUUUUAACAAAGGUGACAUUUUACAUGUCAUUGAUCAAUCGGAUAUGAAUUGGUGGCAAGCAUAUCGAGAAGGUGAUGAACAUGAUCAAUCAUUGGCGGGUUUAAUUCCUUCCAUACAAUUUCAAAUUCAACGUGAAGCAAUGAAACAGUCCAUACUGAACGAUUCCACUAUCAAUACAUCGAAUCGUAAAUCUCGAUUUGUUAAUGGAAAAUCAAAAUCACCAUCUUUGCUUUUUAAUUGUGGGAAACGUUCAUUGGAGAGAAAAAAGAAGAAAAAUUCCAAACAACGUUUAAUAUUGACACACGAUGAAAUAUUAACUUAUGAAGAAGUAUGCUACUUCCAUCCACGGUCAAAUUUUAAGCGUCCCAUUGUUCUCAUUGGACCGGCCAAUAUUGGUCGUCAUGAAUUACGGCAAAGAUUAAUGCAAGAAACAGAUCGAUUUGCAGCGGCGGUUCCUCAUACAUCACGACCACGAAAAGAUGGUGAAUUUGAUGGAAUCGAUUAUCAUUUCAUUUCAAGACAAAUGUUUGAACAUGACAUUAAAGAAAGUCGAUUUGUUGAGCAUGGUGAAUAUGAGAAAAAUUAUUAUGGCACAUCUUUCGCUGCUAUCGAAGCGGUAGUACAAUCGGGUAAAAUAUGUGUUCUCAAUCUUCAUGUCCAUUCUAUUCCUUUACUUCGUCAAGGUCAAGCCGGUGCAAAAUUGAAACCAUUUUUUGUGUUUGUAGCUCCACCUGCCCAACCAGAAAAUUUACAUCGAUUAUUGGCGUUAAAAAAUACGAGCGAAGGCAGUACAUUUACCAUUGCUGAUUAUCAAUCUAUAAUUGAUGAAGCUACUGAAAUCGAAAUAAAAUUUGGCCAUUUUUUCGAUAUGGUUCUGCAGAUGACCGAUAUCGAGAGUGCCUAUCAAGAAUUAAUGACCGAAAUUAAUGCAUUAGAACAUGAGCCACAAUGGAUACCAAGCCAAUGGGUAAAAUAGAAUUUGAUUCGAUUCUGGUUCAUG